AUGGAUGAUUUGGAAAUAAUGUGGGAUGAUGAUCCACCUGAAAGGAAUGUGUAUGGAGUUUUAAGUGCAAACAUGUCCAAUUUUAAUGAUAUUAUAGAAAAAUUUCCUACUGACCCAGCUUACAUUGGUGCCAUAAUUGGCCGAGACGGCUCCAACAUAAAAAGCAUUAAAACAAAUGCUUCUUCCAGAAAUGACAAUAUUCAGGUUGCAACUCCGAAAUCUGGAGAAAAUGGCGAAAAUAGAUUAAGUCUACCUACAAAAAAUGUAUGUAUUGGUGGUACUGAAAAGAAGGAAGUAUUGCAGCCUAUCGAUUGGGAAUCUCUAAAUAGAAAAGUUGAAGAAUAUCGUAAGUUGCAGUGGGCGCAUCUUCCAAAGCUGAGAAAAAAUUUUUAUCAAGAAGUCAAGGAAAUCGCUGUUAUGACAGAGGAAGAAGUCAAUGAAAUGCGUUUAGUAAACAACAAUAUAAUUGUUUCACGUUUAAAAACAAGUGAAGAUCAAAUGUGUCUUGAUAUACCGAAACCAAUAUACAAAUUCGACCACUGUUUCAAAGAUUAUCCUGAUAUACUUGAUGAGUUGAAGAAACAAAACUUUACGGAACCAUCUCCUAUACAAAAGCAAGCAUGGCCUAUAUUAUUGAGAGCGGUUCAACAUGAACGUGGUCCACGUAAACCGAAAUUACAUCCACAGUUGCAUCAUCAUCAUCCGCACCAUCCACAUCAUCAUCAUCACACAAAUGGCUUACCACCACACCAUCCGCACCAUCAUCCCGGUCAUUUGCCAGUAUCAUUGGUGACCAACGUAUCGGCGUCAUUCAAUUACACUUCGCACAUCUCAACGCAUCCAACACAAGGCUUUCAUGCACCACCCACACACCCGACAGCAUUCCAUCACCCCGGACAUGCGCUAGCGCAACACAAUUCACUACAAAAUGGCGGCGCUGGUGUAGGUGUUGGUCUUGCAACUGGCACACAUCCACCUUUACCAUUUCCACCACAUUUAUUACCACAAAUGCAUCACAAUUUGAUUGCUGAAGCUGCCAGUAAAUUGCCUAGCAUACCAGCACAAGCAUCAGCAUCUACUGCAGCAGCAAUAGUCGGUGCUGUUAAUGCUGUUGCUGCAGCUACAUUGCCGCCAUCAUCACUAUCAACAGUCACAUCGACAGCGACUUCGACAGGCACACUGCCAGUUGGUGUCAAUAACGUUUUACCCACUUAUGAUUUGACAAAUAGUGGUGGUUCGUCUGGCAGUACGGGUGCUGGUAGCGCUACAAGCCUAGAUUUUUAUGCAAAAUCAACAAUGACACAAAACUAUUCCUCACCCUCACCCUCAAACUCAAUACAAUCAAUAUCGAGCAUUGGUGUUCGAUCAUCAAUUGGCAGUGAAAGUCCACGUGUCAAUGUUGAAACAGAAACACCAUCUGCAACACCUCCGCUGUCAACAACCGCUUCGCCAGCCCCAUCACCAACCGAUACUAAUAUAACAUCGCCCGGUUCACCUAUGUCUAUCAGUCAACACAAUUCCACCACUCCUACACAUCAGCCGACAACUCCCACCAGUUCAACUCAUUCGCCAAACAAUCAACACCAAACGAAUUUAUCCGCACCAAUGCUCACUUCGAGCGCGGCAAAUAUUAGCGGUCAGGCCGCGGCUGCUGGUGCAUUGUAUGCGGCACGACAGAACGGUUUUCUUGAGCUGUUGUUAAGCCCAGACAAAUGUCAGGAAAUCAUUCAAUAUCAGGUACACAAUUCAAUUUUGUUUCCACCGUUGCCACAACAAUUGAUUGGAAUGGACUCACGUUUAUUGUCGUGGGAAAUGUUACAAGAGACCACAGCACGUCUCCUGUUUAUGGCGGUUCGCUGGGUUAAAUGUUUGAUGCCUUUUCAAACAUUAUCAAAAAAUGAUCAAUAUUUGCUUUUACAGGAAUCAUGGAAGGAGCUGUUCUUACUUAACUUGGCACAAUGGACAAUACCUUUAGACUUGACACCAAUACUCGAAACACCAAUAAUCAAAGAACGUGUUCUACAAGAUGAAGCAACACAAACUGAAAUGAAAACAAUACAAGAAAUUCUGUGCCGCUUCCGGCAAAUAACACCAGAUGGCAGUGAGGUGGGUUGCAUGAAGGCAAUAGCUUUAUUUGCACCAGAAACACCUGGUCUAUGCGAUGUACAACCAGUUGAAAUGCUACAAGAUCAAGCGCAAUGCAUACUCUCCGAUCAUGUACGCCUACGUUAUCCACGCCAAGCCACACGUUUUGGUCGCCUACUAUUACUGCUUCCAUCUCUACGCACAAUACGCGCCAGCACUAUCGAAGCACUGUUCUUCAAGGAGACUAUUGGAAACGUGCCUAUUGCACGCCUACUGCGUGACAUGUACUCCAUGGAACCAGCACAAGUAGAAAAGUAG